AUGAGCGAAGUUCAGAACGGCACCACCGAGAAAGUGGUGAUCUAUGAGUUCGCCUGGCCACUUUUGGUGGCCGUUUUCGAGGUGAACCUGUACAGGAUCCUUUUGGAGCUGCUGGCCCACAUCCUGCUGGUCGUGAUCACAGUGGUGGUGGUCAGGAAGACCUGGGGAAUGGAUGACCUGCGCAGCGGCCAGCACGCCCUGUACUCCGUGGUGGGACUCUUUUGGUGCGUGGGCGAGGCCCUGUUGGUGUGCCACUCCUGGUGGUUGGGGGACCUGACCACCAAAGAGCGGCUCAACCUGCUGCACAUGGUCCUGGGAAUGGUGGCACUCUGGCUGGGAUUGGUGGGCAUCUUUACAAAGAGUCUGGCCAAGAGCAGGAUACUCGAAACGCACUUCAACUCCAAGCACGGACUAUGUGGACUCCUGGGCUUCCUGCUCAUCGGUGGUUCACUGGUCAGUGGAUUGGUGCUGGUAUACAUCAGCCACCUGGCCCUACAUCUCACCCACCGACUGGUGAGUAUGAUAGCCUUCAUCUUCCUUGGCAGCAGUCAGUGGUUCGCCCUCAACUUGGGAUUCGCCCGCCGGGAGUGGAGCACUCGGAAGAUCCAGUGGCUCAAGAUUGCCACCCUGGGAGCCACCAUUUCAGUGGCCGGCUACGAGUUCCUCUGCCUCUCCAGGGACAUCGUACACCUGCUGCCCAGGAACUGGUUCACAACCAUCGGCCUGAAAAUGAAGGAUAGCCUUGAUCUCGGUUGAUCUGUUUUGCAGAUCAAGUUA